AUUGGGCUAAAGCAUUGCUUGUCAAUUGCUUGCCCCUUCCUGAUACUCCAUUUCUCCCUGCCUGCACCAUUUCUACCACCUCUGCCACCCAAACCAUGGCUAACGUCGUGCACCCCCAUAUCAAUUUCUUUCCCCGCCCAGUCAACUCUCACCCGUCUCUAGGCUUCGGCUUCGGUCUCUCCUCUGACCAGGCAUGUCGCCAGGCCACAGCUACCCCACCUGUCCAGCAACUCGCGUCUACCUUCCAAUUACCUUCCACGAAUCGCAUUCAGAAGAGGAGGUUCGAUGCCGAAGAUGAUGCUGAGUCAAGCAGGCAGAGUGCAAGAGAUGUAGCCAUGGAUAGGAGUCCAACUCCCGAGCGUCCUAAAAGAACUGCACCAAAGCGUGCUCGAACAAUUCAGGGAGAUGGAAAGGAUGAUAAAUCAUCCAAAGAAACAGUAUCUACCAGCGCUGCCGCAGACGUAGACCUCGGCGUCCUCUUAGCCAGCCUCCCUCCUUCCACCCUUUUACCACUCCUUAACUCACUCAUCACUGCGCAGCCGUCACUCAAAACCACCAUCCUCUCUCUUAUACCCCGUCCGACCCUUGAAACAGCCCUACAAGCAUUGGAGCAAUCGAUGAAGAAGCUUCGCGAUGCUUAUCCAUAUUCUGCUGCACCCAUUCAGAACCCCACAGUCGCCUCAACCUCAUCUUUUGGAUUUGGUUCGUCAUUUAGCGCAUCACGGUCGGACGUGACGGGAUCAUCUGGUUUUGGUCGCUUGGUGUCACCUCAACCCUCAAUUCUCCAAUCACAUCAAGCUCAGCAAUCCACCGGCAUGCGGGACUCAUACGUCCAAUCAAGACUAAGACCACACAUCCAUAAUUUUGUCUCGAUCGCGACGUCUUAUCUGCCUUACUUUUCCCUCGUCCCUUCCUCUGCCCAUGAGUCUCUUGCCUCCGCCAACCAGAUACAGCGAAAGGAAAAGGCUUCCCCAACCGAAGCCUAUGCUUUCCUUGCAGCGCUCACUUCUCACAUCCUCUGCCAACCCCCGCUUACGCAAGCGUCCUUGGCUCCUUUACUCCUCCCACGUCUUCAGCAAGAGUGGAAAGCAUGGGUGGACAGAGUGGACGAAUAUGUGAACAGAGAAGGUGGCAUGUUCGGCAGUGAAACUGUCAAAGGCUGGGAGAAGGGGCUUGACGAGUAUGCGGAGGCCAAGGGACCGGAUGGAUGGGAGAUUUUCCGUGGAAUGCGAGACCACUGGGUUCUUAAGGUUGGAUGGUUAGUGGGUCGAACCAUGCAUCAGCCGAUGGAGGAAGGGCUUUGAUAAUCGCUCCUUUAUUUUCGUUUUUGUUGCGCAUAUGCUGUUGAACAGUUGACUUAAUCAGAUCACGACUAAUGGCCUUUAUGUCGAUGUACAGAGUAGCAAUUGCAUACAAGCACUUCUCAGUCUUGGAAUCACUCGCUGUAUUACUUCCUGUUUCCGCCCAUUAUUAAUAACUGAUCGUGUCGUGCAUUGGAGGGUUAGUACUGUAAUACUUUAUCAUUAUACCGUAUGCUCUACUGCAACCUUGAUUUUCCUCCUGAC